CUGGCAACAAAUAGGCGGAGCACGAAGACGGUCGUUCUCCGUUAACGGAUUCCAGCAUUCCUCUACAUCUACAUGGCAUCGCGCCGUCCUAACCCCCCUCUCGGCGGACCGCAACUCGCCCUCUCCAAACCCCGUGCCUUUAAAUAACUCCCUUCGCCGCCUCAUCUUCUCCCCCCUUCGAUCCCGUGGCGAGCUCGAUUCCCCCCUCCUCCCUCCCUUCUGGAACGCUUGGGGGAUGUGAGCGUCGCCGAGGGCUUGAGUUCCCCGAGAACAACCCUAGUCAAUUCGCUCGGAUUCGCCCUUCGAUUCUCCCCGCCGAUGGCCGACGGAGAGGGGUUCCGUCAAUGCAGGUGAUCCCUAGUCGAAUCUCCUCCUUGGGGCGGGGAAUUCGCGGAUCUCCGUGUUCUUACUGCUGCUAACCUCGUCGGGAGGCCGGUUCUAGGGUUCACGACGGUCUUGGCCGCCCACGAAGAUGUCUCGGCAGGCGGCCACGACUCAUUUACACAAAUCGAAGACGCUCGACAACAAAUACAUGCUGGGGGAUGAAAUCGGGAAGGGGGCGUAUGGACGGGUGUACAAGGGUCUGGACUUGGAGAAUGGAGACUUUGUGGCGAUUAAGCAGGUCUCGUUGGAGAAUAUCCCACAGGAGGAUCUCAAUAUAAUUAUGCAAGAAAUUGAUCUCCUAAAGAAUCUCAACCACAAAAACAUUGUGAAGUAUCUCGGGUCUAUCAAGACAAAGACUCAUCUGCACAUCAUUCUUGAGUAUGUGGAAAAUGGUUCCCUAGCUAACAUUAUCAAGCCCAAUAAAUUUGGACCAUUCCCUGAAUCAUUGGUAGCUGUUUACAUCGCUCAGGUUUUGGAGGGUUUAGUCUAUUUGCAUGAACAAGGUGUAAUUCAUCGUGAUAUCAAGGGUGCAAAUAUCUUGACUACCAAAGAGGGUCUUGUUAAACUUGCUGACUUUGGAGUUGCAACAAAGCUCACUGAGGCAGAUGUUAAUACACAUUCGGUGGUUGGAACACCAUACUGGAUGGCCCCUGAGGUUAUUGAAAUGUCUGGCGUUUGUGCUGCAUCUGACAUCUGGAGUGUUGGUUGCACUGUCAUUGAAUUGCUCACAUGUGUUCCACCAUAUUAUGAUCUGCAACCAAUGCCUGCACUUUUUCGGAUUGUUCAGGACGUGCAACCUCCCAUACCUGAGGGCCUCUCACCUGACAUUACUGAUUUUCUCCGUCAAUGUUUCAAAAAGGAUGCAAUGCAGAGACCAGAUGCAAAAACAUUGCUAUUGCAUCCAUGGAUCCAAAACUCAAGGCGAACUUUGCAUUCAUCUUUGCGACAAACAGGUGGAAGUAUAAGGAACAUUGAGGAGGAUACCAAAUUGAGUGAUGGCAACUCAAAUGCGGAUAAUCAUAAUGGCAGUGAAAGCCCAUCAGCAGAGAAGACUAAGAUUGCUAUAUCUGAUCUUGAACACGAAGAAUCUAAGAAAGAGCACUUUGCUACUGAUGCAAUUCAUACUAAAGGUUCUGAUGGGGAUCAAAAUUCUAGUCUUGUUCAGAAUGCCUGCUGGAACGGUGUUGAAGAUAGAGCAGAAGAUGUGGUUUCUGCUAAAGAUCCUACCUUAGUUAUCUAUGAAAAGCCAUCUUUGAAGUCUCCUGCUAAAGAAGCAAACUUAGGUAGUCCAGUAGCACCAGAAGGCAAAGGAGGUACAAGUCCUGAUGAAUCUAGCAUGUUUUCCUUUGGAUCUAAAGUUGGGAGAAACAAUUUUCAGAAGGUUGUGAAGCAGUCAAUUACUCAUGGAGCUAAUGAGCUUAGUAGGUUUAGUGACACACCAAAAGAUGCUUCUUUGGAUGAUUUAUUUCAGCCACUAGAUAGACAAAAAGAUCAAGGUGCUGAAGCUUCAUCAUCAGCAACUGGUCAGCAAAAUGACCUGGCAAAAAAGCUCAAAGCUAGAAUGGCUCAGAAGCAAAUGGAACCAGCACAGAACAGCGGUGGGAAGCUUUUACAACUUGUUAUGAAUUUGCAAGAAGAUGGGAUUGAUUUUGAUGGUUCGGUCUUCGGUGAUAAUCUGCCAGCAGAUAACACUUUUCCCAUUCAGUCUGUCGAAUUUAGCAAAAUAGUUGGUUUGCUAAAGCCUGAAGCAUCUGAAGAUGUGCUAUUGUCAGCCUGUCAGAAGCUUAUGGUGUUUUUCACUCAGCGCGCUGAGCAGAAACAUGUUUACAUGUCUCAGCAUGGUUUCCUUCCACUCAUGGAACUUCUUGAAGUCCCUAAAAACCGUGUUAUAUGUUCAGUACUUCAAGUUAUCAAUCAUAUAAUCAAAGAUAAUAUUGGUUUUCAAGAAAAUGCCUGUCUUGUUGGCCUGAUUCCAGUUGUAAUGAACUAUGCUGUGCCUGAUCGUCCUAGGGAAAUCCGUAUGCAGGCGGCUUUUUUUCUUGAGCAGCUUUGUCAAUCCAGCACUUUGACAUUGCAAAUGUUCAUUGCAUGCCGAGGAAUUCCUGUUCUGGUGGGCUUUCUUGAGGCUGACUAUGCAAAGUACAGACAAAUGGUUCAUCUUGCCAUAGAUGGCAUCUGGCAGGUUUUUAAGCUUCAACAGUUGACCCCAAGGAAUGACUUCUGUCGCAUUGCUGCAAAGAACGGCAUACUUCUUAGGCUUGUUAACACACUUUACAGCUUGAAUGAGGCAACUCGGCUAGCCUCCAUUGGUAGUGGGGGUGUAUCUCUUCCACCGAAUGGUUCUGCUCCAAGACCAAGAUCUGGUCCAUUAGAACCCCCUAAUCGUCCUUCUGUUGUGCAGUUUGAUUCAGCAGUCUCCAACUUGGGUCAAAUUGAUGCUUCCAAGGUUAGGCUUGAACAUCCUUUUCAAUCUGGAGCUAUAGAACAAGUGCAGAAUCCAGCUUCUUAUUCUCAGAGGACAGAUGCUACCCAGUUGGACAAGCAAUUAUUUGGAGGAGAUAAGAAUCAUCCAAGUCAUGCUAUGUUGGAAGCUUCAAAGGAGAAUGAACAUUUUAGUUUGUGGGAUCAUGAACCUUCUCGUGUGGAUAUUGACUUACCUAGGCAUCAAAGGGGUACAAAUUCUGCUGGUAGAAGUUCUACUGAUAAGCCUCCAAAGCAUAUGGAAUUUGCAUCAAAUGGCCACUCUGGUGGUGCAAGCCAAUUAAUAUCUCAACAUGAUCAAAUUCGUCCACUUUUGAGCUUGCUGGAGAAGGAACCACCUUCUCGUCAUGUCUCAGGACAACUUGAUUAUGUUCAUCAUCUUUCUGGAUUGGAAAGACAUGAAAGCAUAUUGCCACUGUUACAUGCUUCAACUGAAAGGAGGACAAAUGGUGAACUUGAUUUUCUGAUGGCAGAAUUUGCAGAGGUCUCUAGACAUGGACGAGAAAUUGGUAUUACAGACCCUAAUAUGAAGCUUUCAAAUAAAACAACAAAGAAGGUUUUACCCACAAUGGGGUCAUCUAGUUCUAAUGAAGGAGUUUCUACAUCUGGAUUAGCAUCACAGGCAACAUCUGGUGUGUUAUCUGGAUCUGGCGUGUUAAAUGCUAGACCUGGUAGCACUACUUCGUCUGGAUUGCUGUCGCAGAUGGUGUCUUCAUCUAAUGCUGAUGUUGCAAGGGAAUAUCUUGAGAAGGUAGCAGAUCUUCUGUUAGAGUUUGCACAAGCUGACACUAUAGUGAAGUCUUACAUGUGUAGCCCAAGCUUGCUUUCUCGCCUUCUCCAGAUGUUCAAUAAAAUGGAACCUCCUAUUCUUCUGAAGAUCUUAAAAUGUAUCAACCAUUUGUCAACGGAUCCAAAUUGUUUGGAAAGUCUUCAGCGCGCUGAUGCAAUCAAGUAUCUGAUUCCAAAUCUCGAACUCCGCGAAGGACCUCUUAUUUCUCAAAUACAUAACGAAGUCCUCAAUGCACUCUUCAACCUCUGCAAGAUAAACAAGAGGAGACAAGAACAGGCUGCAGAAAAUGGAAUCAUUCCACACUUGAUGAAUUUUAUUAUGUCAGAUUCGCCACUCAAGCAAUGUGCAUUGCCUCUGCUGUGUGAUAUGGCCCAUGCAUCUCGAAACUCAAGAGAGCAAUUGAGGGCUCAUGGAGGAUUGGAUGUGUACUUGAACCUAUUGGAGGACGAAGCUUGGUCUGGCACAGCAUUGGAUUCAAUUGCUGUCUGCUUGGCACAUGAUAAUGACCAGAGAAAAGUAGAACAAGCAUUGCUGAAGAAGGAAGCGAUUCAGAAAUUGGUGAAGUUCUUCCAGAACUGUCCAGAACAAUAUUUUGUACACAUACUGGAGCCUUUCUGGAAGAUAAUUACGAAAUCAUCCAGAAUAAAUACAGCUAUGGCCAUCAAUGGUUUGACGACAUUGCUAGUAGCCAGACUUGAUCAUCAAGACGCUAUUGCUCGUCUUAAUCUGCUAAAACUGAUAAAGGCUGUGUACGAACAUCACCCUAGACCAAAGCAACUCAUAGUAGAGAAUGACCUACCUCAAAAGCUCCAGAAUCUGAUUGAAGAACGGAGAGAUGGGCAGCGUUCUGGUGGUCAAGUUUUAGUCAAGCAAAUGGCCACUGCAUUGUUAAAAGCACUCCAUAUCAACACAGUCUUGUGAAUCUGGUUCCACCCAUCUUAAAAGGGAACCAAUUGGAUCUCUGAAAGAAAUGUAUUAUAUUUUUUUUGUUCCUUUUUUUUUUCCUGUGUCCUGUAGGAGCAUCUUUCAAGAGUUUGUCUGUGCUUUCCUUUCUCGAAAAUGAUGAUGAGCACCUUUUUGUAUAUCAAUCAUGUAUGUAAGUUGCUUUUUUAUUCA